AUAUGCGUGAUAAAAUGAGGAAAUGGAGGGAAGAAAACUACCGAAACAGUGAACAGAUAGUGGAUGUGGGAGAAGAGUUAAUUAAUGAAUAUGCAUCUAAGCUUGGAGAUGACAUUUGGAUAAUAUACGAACAGGUGAUGAUUGCUGCCCUGGACUGCAGUCGAGAUGAUUUGGCGUUGUUUUGUCUUCAAGAACUAAGGCGACAGUUUCCUGGGAGCCACAGGGUUAAGAGAUUAACUGGAAUGAGAUUUGAAGCUAUGGAAAGGUAUGAUGAUGCUAUCCAGUUAUACGACAGAAUUUUACAAGAAGAUUCAACCAACACAGCAGCAAGAAAGCGUAAGAUUGCCAUUCGAAAAGCCCAGGGGAAAAAUCUUGAGGCCAUCCGAGAGCUGAAUGAGUAUCUGGAACAAUUUGUCGGAGACCAAGAAGCUUGGCAUGAACUUGCAGAACUUUACAUCAAUGAACACGACUAUGCAAAGGCAGCCUUCUGCUUAGAGGAACUUAUGAUGACUAAUCCACACAACCACUUAUAUUGUCAGCAAUAUGCUGAAGUUAAAUAUACUCAAGGGGGGCUUGAAAACUUUGAACUAUCAAGAAAGUAUUUUGCACAAGCACUGAAGCUGAACAACAGAAACAUGAGAGCUUUGUUCGGACUUUACAUGUCUGCCAGUCAUAUUGCCUCCAACCCAAAAGCAAGUGCAAAAAUGAAAAAAGAUAAUAUGAAAUAUGCCAGUUGGGCAGCUAACCAAAUAAACAGAGCGUACCAGUUUGCAGGCCGCUGUAAGAAAGAGACUAAAUACUCCCUGAAGGCAGUGGAAGACAUGUUGGAGACCCUGCAAAUCACUCAAUCUUAGAUUGGCACAAAGAGAUGCAAUAUUAAAUUUUCCAACUCCAUGAUCAACCUUAAUGACCUAUGGGUUAAGUUACUGUAGUGCUGUUAAAAAUUAAUUUUGUAUUGAUUGAUAUGGUUACCUAAAAUGUUUCUAUGAAAAGAAAAAUGCCUAUUUAUUGCUGCUAUGAGAACUAUGCUGAAUACCCACUGAAAUGAAUAACUUAUCCUAGGAAGACAACUUCAAGUAAUUAAAUGUGUUGCACAUCAGUCUCUUUAGAUUUUGUAUGUACAUUACUUGCUUUUAAGUCAUAAUUUGUAGAAAUAAACCUGUUAAAUGAUUUUAAAAAAAUUACAGUGAUUUAUUGGGUCUGCCAGUCAAAGUUACAAAUUUAUAUAUGUUGAUGAAUACUGUACGAUGGAAAACUUUAUCUUGCUUGUAGUGCACUUAACUCUUAAAUACACAGGUAUAUACUUUCUGGCCAAUAGUUACCAUACAACAGGAUGUAAUUAUUGUGCAUGAAUUUACUUUAUUAGAGAAAAAAGUUAAUAGUUUCAAUAAGGUAUUGUUAUCUGGUAUUACAGAAAUGGAGAAAGCCUAUUAGUAUACUUUGCUCCAGUGGGGCUUUUGUACUGGCUUAAGGCCAAAGACAUUCCUUUCUGUGGCUUUUGUGGGCAAAGGCUUGCAUGUCCACUUAGUUCUCCAAUCUGUGUGUGUGUGUGUAUAUAUAUAUAUAUACACGCACUUUUUAUUCCUUCUGCCUGCCCUUUGUUGUACAUAUGUUUCACAUCAAGAGUUUAAAGACCAUUUGAAAACAGGGCUGCAUGCUGGUCUGUGCUAAUUUUGUACCUAAAGCCUGGCUACCGCCUCACUGUAGUGUAAGCUAUGGCGUGUUAGUUUCUCCACGGUAACUGAAUGUCCUUGCAGAGUAAGCUUGAGGCAGUUCAUUCUACUACAUUGUGCUUACUGGAGGAUAAAAGUGUGCGUGCAGCCAUGAGCAUGAAGUAUCUAGCACCCUGUAAACCCAUACCAUGUUUGUCUUUUAGGAACUUGUUUAUGUAUUUGAAUAAUUUAUCAGACACUCAAAUUCAUGGAUUUUUGCAGUUCUCAUUGCUUUGACUGUUGUUCACAUGCAUACUCUUGACAAUUCAGUUGUGCAGCUAUGGUUUUUUUUAUUGCAGCUUCAGUUAGAGUACAUAACAGCAAAACACUCUUGACAAAUUCUAAUAAAAAUAUUGCACUGUCAUUUUGAUUGUUAUCACCAUCCAGAAUAAUUGAGUUUCAAAUUUUAUACUUCCUACUCUGUGUAAAGGGGCAGGUUAAAGGCUAUGCAUUAAGAUGUCCUUUUUGUGACCCCAGAUCUGAUGUAAUAAAACAAAGCUGUGCUCUUGCUAAAAGCAAAGCCGCAACAGAAACUUCCCCUAUGGGUUUAAAGCUUGAAAAUGUGUAUAGCUGGUGGUUGCACGAAACAGUACCUUCAGGAAACAUAAGAUCUCAUUCCCGUUGUGAAAUAGGUUGUCACCAGCAGUGAGUGUGAUGCUGUGAGAGGAUGGGUGCCAUGCCAUGAGAAUGAAUUCUGUGUAGAAUCUUAAAGUGAAUUAAUUCAGUACUGCUGAAAUAGAGAACUGUUAAGUUUUCUAUAAAUAUAUAUAAAAAAAUGAUGUUAAAUCACCCAAUUCUAAACUGGGGAGAUAUUGCAGAUCCUUUGUUAUAUUCACUGCUUCACAAAUUGGCCUCAAAACACUAUUUGCAGAUAGAUGAUUUAUAUUUCAGGUGGAAAAACAGGUAAUCUCAUAAGUGAAUAUGUGUAUUUCCGUUCAGAUUUACGGCCUUUUAUUGUAUGAGUGUGCCAUCUAGAGUUGUAAAUCUUCAUUCGUCUUGUUUUUCUUUUAUCUACAUCUCAAAUAACUUGGUCUUAUUCUGAAAACAAAAUAGUGGAAAGCUCUACUGUAGGCUAAAAUUACUCAGAUUAAAGAGCAGUUCAGUAAUCCAACUUCAUUCUGUACGGUAGAAUAUUCUCUCUGCCUCCUAAAUUUACCUUUAGGAAGCACAUAUCUGCUGUGUUUUACUGGAAGUAGUAGCCUAGUUUGGCUACUAUAGCAAGCGCAGAAAGGCCAACGUAGGUUGACCUCUGAGUCUGUAGUAUGGUAGAAGAUGCAUAUCGGAAAGUUUCACCUCAUAGAGUUAAAUUUAUGAUAGUCAGUGAAGUAAAGAGACAGAAGUGUCAGGUUGAUUUAUAGAAAGCUCGUCACACUGCUUGAACAUUUUGUUGUGUGUAGUUUGUAACAAUGAAAACUCUCCCACAUUGUAUUUAAUCAGUUAUAUAAUGAACUUCAAUUAUGCAGCUGAGGUGUAUAAUGUUUUACCUGCAAGGCAUUCAUAAAUUAGCAGUGCAGUACUCUUAUACAGCAGGCAGCUCUGCUUCUUGAGUGCCACAUAUGAUGUUUUUUUAUUCAGAGGCAAAUUUUGACAAAACAAGGAAUUUAAAUGUCAGACUUGUGCAUUUUGAUUAUUUGUUUCUCUGUAAAUUUGUUCUGUUUGUUGAUUGCAGUGAUUUGAUGACAAAUUUCAUCUCAUUGCCCGCUUAGAACCACCAGACUUUUUGUUAUUGCUUAAUAUUUUUUUGAAAACUACUGUUUAGCACUAUUGAGCUUAUGAAUUGACCUAACAAAAUAUUUCUGACAAAUGUUACUUAAGAGGUAAAAUGAAUUACUCCUGUGAAAGUGCAUGGGCAGUUUUUGAAUGAUCUGUUGAAUUCCUCAGUGGGAAUCGAGGUUUUUUUUUUCUCUUUUCAAAUGAAAAAAACUUGAAGUCUUGUGUCUGCAGAAGAAAUAACUGAAAUGCCCUGCUAUCUCAGCAAGCAAAGAGUACAGAAGAGAAGCUGAGGUAUAAUACAUUUUUUGUAAAAUUGAAUUUUUAAAUUUUACUAAAUGAUUUGUAAUAUAUUGCUGAUGUUGUCUUGGAUUAAAGGAUAGGCUUGCAAGAGGGUUGUUUAUUUAACAAAUAAACUUGAUUACAUUC